AUGUGGCAAAAGAAAUGGAACCCAAUUGCCUCAACAUCCAGAACUCCUAAAGAAUUCAAUUCUAAGACUAGCAAGUAUCCUGAAUCGAUUGAGCCUAUUUGUGAAGUAGUGAAUACACCUCCUAAAGAAAAAAGUGUUAUACGCAAUUUACUCAAGCUCAAUAAAGUAACAUUUGCCAUACUUCUGUUAAGAGCCCAGCCUCAGAAGACAAUAGAACUUCUUGAUGAGGAUCCUGACGUAUUUAUAACUAUCACAGAAAAAGACAGGCUUGAUUUUAUUGCAUUCUGGGAUAAGAUGAAAACUGAUAGUCAGAUGUAUAGUUAUGCAAAAGAGAUAGAAGAUCUCAAAAAAUAUAUGGAAAUGACAGUGUGUAAAAAACUGAUAAAAGAAGAGAUUAUUUGUUGUUCUCUCGAGAAUAAGAGAAUCACAUCCUCCUGA